AUGGAUACUCCUCAACAAGCCAAAGAAAGCAACGCUGUAUCAUCCGAUGCGGAGAUAAACUCAAAGCAGGAAGAUGAUGGUAGUCAACUCAGUCCUGCCAUGAAGAAGAAUCAAGAUGGAGUCGUGCUUAUUCCUCAGCCAAGUGAUGAUCCAAGAGACCCAUUAAAUUGGACUAUGCAAAAGAAAUUGAAGAUUCUCGCCGUUAUUAGUUUUGCGACGUUUGCUGGAUUUUCAGCAUGUCUUGCUGGUCAGCUUCAAGUUGAGCCACAGGCCGAAUUAUACAACAAGACUACAACCCAGAUCGCUUAUCAAAAUUCCGCUGGUUCGGCUGGUAUGGCAGCAGGAGGAUUCUUUUUCUUCCCAUUGUCACAUGUCAUCGGACGUAGCUCUGCUAUCUUUUGGUCAUUGAUUGGUGCUAUAUUAAGCAAUGUAUGGGCAGCACUUAUGACACACGAGAGUCAAUACAAUGCAUUCAUCGUCUCUCGAUUCUUUGGUGCAUUCUUCGGUGCCAUUACUGGAGUAUUAGGUCCACGAAUCUUGGUUGAUUUAUUUUUCCUACACCAACGAGGAAGAGCUUUCACUGUAUUUCAUUGGUGUUUCGAUUUUGGAACAGUGGCAGGACCAACAUUAUCGGCUCUCAUUUCUGCAAAGUCGGUGUGGAUGAAUGCGUAUCGAUGGACGGCAGGAUUGGUUGGUUUGGCUGUCAUUUUGGUAUUUCUGUUUCUCCAUGAAACCUCUUGGGAUAGAACGCCUGGAGCUAUGAACCCCGAUCCACCAUCUUCUUUUAUUGCAAACAGAAUUGCAACAUUUCUUCCUGGUACCAAAGUUACACCAAAGACAUCCUUCUCGCAGACUCUCAAAAUCGCAAAGACACCAUUUCUUAUUGCCAUCUCCCCAGUUUGUCUAGUCCUCAGUAUCUUCACAUUAACCAACUUCGGCUUCUACGUCGCCAUGAAUUCGCUUUCUCCCACAUUCCUUCAAAAGCCAGUUGCAACAGGCGGAUACGGUUUCACAACCUGGCAAAAUGCAGAAUUCUCUUUCACUCACUGGAUCGGUAUUUUUUUCGCCCUCUUCUACGGCCAAUACCUCUCCGAUCGACUUCCCUUCUACAUCGCCAAAAAAUACAACAACGGUAUCUGGGUCCCCGAAUAUCGUCUCCACGCUCUCUGGUUCCCAGGCAUCCUCAAUCCCAUAGGACUCGGUCUCUUCGGCGCCGGUCUCCUCUAUCAUCUCCACUGGGUUGUUCUCGCUCUCGCUACCGUCCUCGUCACUUUCGGCUCCUUGUGUAUUACACCCAUCACCGUAAAUUAUAUUAAUGAAUGUUUUAUCGGUAAUCCGGCAGAGGCAUCUAUUGCUGUUAAUUUUUACCGGGUGGGAUUCGGUCUUAGCGUUGCGUUUUAUAUCAAACCAUGGGUGGCGGAUGUGAAUGUAGGGUGGACGUAUGGAACGAUGGCAUUUUUGGAGGUGGCAGGUCUAUUGUGUAUUGCGUUGUUGGUGUGGAAGGGACAUAGGAUUAGGGAGAUGAGUUUUAGUGGGUUAGGGAGGAGCGAGGAGGGAGAACAUGUUGUUGAGGAGAAGAGAACAGGGGCUUAG